AUCCCUUCAUUCAUUGUCAGCAGCAGCUUCCUGGAGCCAUUUUUCAGCUGCCGGCCGCAGCACCCGGGCUGCCGCCGCCGCCUCGCAAUCCGUUGCAUCGGCUGCCCCCGACGCCUCCAUCUCCCCUCGGGGCCUGAUAUCCGUGCGGCCGGGACCCUCCUCUCUCCAGACCCCCGAUUAUUUUUGGCCCCGGGACCUGUGCGGUGCGGAAAAAUAAAAAGAAAAGAGAGAGAGAGGGUUCGGAAGCGCCGGGAGGGGAGGCGAGAAGGAGAGACUUGGAAACUCCGACUGCAAAUAAUAAAGAAAUUGAAAGCAAUACGUUAAUAUAUCGUAACACUAAAAAAGAGCAGGAGCGAGAGAUGAGAAAGGGGAUCCAGCCCGCCCUGGAGCAGUACCUGGUGACCGCCGGGGGUGGGGAGGGGGCGGCUGUCGUCGCCGCCGCCGCUGCAGCCUCCAUGGACAAAAGGGCACUGCUAGCCAGCCCCGGCUUCGCCGCCGCCGCCGCCCCGGGAACGUACAUCCAGAUCCUCACUACGAACCCUUCCACCACGUCCUGUGCCACCUCCCUCCAAAGCAGCACCCUGGCCGCCGGCCCCCUUCUCCCCAGUGUCCCCGGCGCGGAGCCGGCCGCCGGCAGCCUCAUCUACACCACGCCACAAGGACCCUCCAGCAGAGCCGGGCUGCUGCAGCAGCCACCAGCACCAGGACGAGGCGGCGGCGGCGGCCCUCCGGCAAAGCGAAGGCUGGAGCUGGGUGAGAGUGGCCAUCAGUACCUCUCAGAUGGUCUAAAAACCCCCAAGGGCAAAGGAAGAGCUGCACUGCGGAGUCCUGAUAGUCCAAAAACUCCAAAAUCUCCCUCAGAAAAAACGCGGUAUGAUACGUCACUCGGUCUGCUCACCAAGAAGUUCAUUCAGCUCCUGAGCCAGUCACCUGAUGGGGUCCUGGAUCUGAACAAGGCAGCAGAGGUGCUCAAAGUGCAGAAGAGGAGGAUUUACGACAUCACCAACGUGCUGGAAGGCAUCCACCUCAUUAAGAAGAAGUCUAAGAACAACGUCCAGUGGAUGGGCUGCAGUCUGUCUGAGGAUGGGGGCAUGCUGGCCCAGUGUCAAGGCCUGUCCAAAGAAGUGACCGAGCUCAGUCAGGAAGAGAAGAAAUUAGAUGAGCUGAUCCAAAGCUGUACCCUGGACCUCAAACUGUUAACCGAGGAUUCAGAGAAUCAAAGGUUAGCUUAUGUUACAUAUCAAGAUAUUCGAAAAAUUAGUGGCCUUAAAGACCAAACUGUUAUAGUUGUGAAAGCCCCUCCAGAAACAAGACUUGAAGUGCCUGAUUCAAUAGAGAGCCUACAAAUCCAUUUGGCAAGUACCCAAGGGCCCAUUGAGGUUUACUUGUGUCCAGAAGAGACAGAAACACACAGACCCAUGAAAACAAACAACCAAGACCACAAUGGGAAUAUCCCUAAGCCCACUUCCAAAGACUUGGCCUCUAACAACUCAGGACAUAGCGACUGCUCAGUUUCCACAGCAAACCUCUCUCCUCUGGCCUCCCCAGCCAACCUUUUACAGCAGACUGAGGACCAAAUUCCUUCCAACCUUGAAGGACCCUUUGUGAACUUACUGCCUCCCCUACUCCAAGAGGACUAUCUGCUGAGCCUGGGGGAGGAAGAGGGCAUCAGCGACCUCUUUGAUGCAUAUGAUUUGGAAAAGCUGCCCCUCGUGGAGGACUUCAUGUGUAGUUGAUUGUACAAACUGUCCUUAUAAACCAAUAUUUUUUUAUCACGGAAUCAGAACGUGUAUCGCAGUGUUGUCCCUUCCUACCUUCUUCCUCCAAGAGUAUCAUGAAGUAAACUUCAGAACAAAGCUGACAUUUUGAUGAAUUAUUAAUUUUUUUUUCCUAAACGCACAGUUGCAGGCUCCCUUGGGAAAGCCCUGCCUGGUCCCAGGCUCCAAAAUCUUCCUGAUGAGUCAGCAAGUGAGAAGAUGUGCAAUCAGGUGUCUCUCACCUGUCCUUUUCUCCCCUCUUCCUCUCCUUUCCUUGCGGACUGGCUUGCUGUGCCUAAUGGAUGGGCUGUUGAAUGGGGUCUGGCCACCUGGCCCACUGGAAAACAGCACUCUCCCUUAACAGCAUUUCAAGCCGUGCCUUCUCUGCAGAAUGCAUGUCUUUGUGAGUCUGCUAACAUGGAAUGGAAUUCUGCCACAAAUGCAAGCUUGAAGUCAUGCAAAGGAAUGACACGGAUUUCUUCAGCUCUUAGGAAUAUUUAAAUUACUUUCAUAAUUCAGUGUAAGCUAUGGGCCGUGUGUCCCACUAGGAGGCUGCAAGAGCCUCCACAGCCUUUUGGAUGAAGAACUUGUUUGUGAGUACUCCUUGCAGAUACAGAGACUAGUAGAGUUCUGCUGCUCGAAGCUGUUGUGGAUUUUCCUGUCUCCAUACCCCACCCACUACCACUUCCCCCAUCCUUCGUGUUUGUGAGUUUCCGGUUGAUUACUUGCAACUUAGGAGUUCCUUGUGGGUUGUUUUAGAAUUUUUAUUUUUCUAGCUGCCAUUGAAGCAUUCCUGUGGCACCCAUCAACCAUUUCAAUUGAAUUGUUUACCUUAAAGUGAUUUUUGCAAAUUCCUAUUCCUUUAGCAGAGGGAGAGAACCUCUACUGAUCAAAGCAUCUAAACCUGUGUGACCUAAGGUCCACCAGCCUCUACAAGAACCAUCCUCUGUCUUGCUUCCUUUCCCAGGAGGGGAGCUUGGAGCAAGAACAGCUCUAGAGCUCACUGGCUCGAGUGGCCCGUAGUGAGGACCUCGGGCCAGAUGAUACAGCUGUCCCAUGGAGCAGCAGGCAUGGAUCCCUCCAUCCUUGGGCUUCCCGGGCCCCUGCGACCGGGGAAAGGGCUCUGAUGCCACACUCAGGGAGACCACUUCUCAGGAUGGGUCAGGUGGAGAGGCCCUAGGGAGAAAGACAUCCCAUUGUGUGAAUGGCAUUCUAUCAGGGAUACUUCCUUAAGUUGGAAUGAGGAGCUCCCAUUGUGUCAGGGGAUAGACUAGUACUGGCCAGAACCCAUUCACUCCUCCUACUGUGAGUGGGUGAGUUGAGGUAAGGGAAGGUGGGAGAUAGGAAAUGCAGCGAUAGAAUGCCAGGCCAACUCCCUCGUUACUCCUCAGGAAUGGUGUCCCAAACUAGAGGCUUUGUGUCACCUACGAUCCUUCCAGUUACUUCCAAGAAUAGGGUUCCCACUGGUAGGUGGCAGUGGCCAUCAUGUCCUGGUGUUGAAUAUGGCAUAGUACCUCAAAUCCAUUCCUUGGAUGCUAAGGGCUGUGGAAAUAUGUUAGUCUUGAAAACUAACCUCCAGCUGAACAAUUUGAAAUGCUAUGCGCCUGGCCCACCGGGGAGGCACGUAGUAGGCACUCAACUCAUACACAUUUAACCGAGUUGAAAAUAUCCCUUGGGAAAACAUUUUACUAAACCACAAGAACCCUGGCCAGUUUACUCUAGAUAGAUUUCCACAAUAUGCAAAGUGGUGGUGGGGGUGGAGACAGAAGACACCGGCACUUUAAACUCUGUGUGUGGGUAUGCGUGGUGUAUGUUUGGGAAGAAAAAUCAAAGGUGCAGACUAUCUUCCUCUCUCUUCUUCAGCCUCCAGCCCCGGCCUCCUCCCCUCACACACUCUGGACUUGGUACAGAAUAAUCCGUGUGGUCCGAGCUGAAGCACUGGGGUGGAGGAGGGAGGGGGAGCUUCGUGUUAAGUGCCUACUGGAAAUGCACUGUGGGGUUUUUUCCUGUAUGGGAAACCAUUUAUGCCAAGCUUUCCCCCAUGUCCUAUAUUUAUCUCAUCUGGUUAGCUGCCUCUGCUUCUGGCUUUGUGUAAUUCUCUUUGCCAGCUUUGUAGAGCUGGGUUUCUUUCCCCAAAGUCUAAUGACUAAACUCACCUGGCUCUAGGUUGUUGUGUGUUUGGUUGACUUUUCUUGUUGAAACUAUUCGUAUUGUAAUACCAUAUUUAUUGUUUUAAGAAAUGAAAGGAAUACUAAUGAGUAAGUCUUCAAGAGUUCUUUCAUGCAUAAUAAGACUUUUCCAGUUAAUGGGCUUAACGGGCGUACGUAGAUGAGACAUCCAUACUAUCUUCUGUUUGCAUUUUCUUUGCUCAUAAUAUCUGGCACACAAAGUAGGUGAGUACUACAGUAUUUUUGUUACUUUAAGUCCUGAGAAUGCAGGUUCCCUGGUACCAUUAAGUUGCUGCUACUAAAAGCUCACAUGCGGAAUGGCUGAACGUUACAAGUGUGCAAAUGAUGACGGCAUGAGCCUCAGAGAAUUAAACUGUAUAAAGGGCAACACAUGAGCUGUCAAACAGUGUUAGGCGUGUGUUUGUGUACAUAGCAGUUUUAUUUAAGUCGAUACAGUCCGCUUACAUUGCCAUUAUUUACCAGUUUUGUACAGAGAUAGCAAUUCAUUUGUAAACACUGCCAGAAUAUUUUCUAGCUGGUUUGUAAUUUUUUAAGACUGUUGCCUUGGUUUUUGUUUUUUUUUUUUGUUUUUUGUUGUUGCGCCUGUGACUCUUGUUUGCCUUUUUGUCCUCCAUGUAGCUGUCUGUAAAUAGAAUUGCAGUAUUUAAAGCUUUAGCUUUCAGGAAAAACGAAGUAAGAAUUCAAGUGUGUGCAUGACAAGUUGUGUGUCUGAGAAGGGAUCUGAAGGAAGAUGCCUUGUGGAGGAAGUAGGGUGGCAGGGUGUGGGAAGGUCUUUCCUACCGGGUACAUGCUUUUGUAAAGAGGAAGUGUUUCUCCCAACAUUGGGAGUACGCAAACUACUAAUCAGUUUAGCUUUGUGUUGUAUGCUAGUUAAAAAAAAAUAAUAAUGUAAUAUAAUGUAAAAAUAGACAAACAAACAAAAAAAAGCUUUUAUGAUGGAUUUUGUAAAUAGAUUUGUUACAGGGUGACCUGUUCUAGCUGUGAUCUUACCACUUCAAAUGGAUGUAAUUUGAAUAAAUUUUGUAUGGUAAAGGGUCAAUAAAAUGAUUUUUUUAAGAGUUCA